AUGUUUUUUCAAUCAUUUCAGCAUCAGUCUCGUCAUAGCGCUUAUUUUGAGCUCUAUAAAGCAUUCCCUGCUAGUUUCUUUGGGAAAACAGAAGUCGAGAAAGGAAAUUUCAGUAUUUUUUAUGCAGUAAUUUUGCCAACUUCAGCAGCUCAAAGAUUGGUGAAUCUCAGAAUUGACUAUCCAAUGCUAUUCAAGCUUACAAAUACCCAGCUUGGCUUAUUUACACACUGUGGUGUUCUAGAAUUUACGGCUGAAGAAGGGACUUGUCUGCUUCCUUAUUGAGUAUCUUUUAUAUAGCUAAUGAAUCAUCUAGGAAUUUCUGAAGGCGGCGAUGUAAGUGUAGAAAGUAUUAGGUUACCUAGAGGGACUUUCGUUAAAAUCCAGCCACAUACCACUGCAUUUAUUGACUUGCCAAACCCCAAAGCAGUAUUAGAAAAUGCACUUAGAAGCUAUGCAUGUUUAAGCCAAGGCGAUAGUAUAUCAGUACAGUUUGCAGGGAGAAGUUUUGAAAUUGACAUUAUUGAGACUAGGCCUGGACCUGCUAUUAUGACAAUUCAAACAGAUCUGGAGGUUGAUUUUGCACCACCUAAGGAUUAUCGUGAAGAGGCGCCUCAGCUGAAAAAAGAGGCUUCACUAACAUAUGAACAAGAAGAAGGUAAGCAGCAAUCAAAAACUGCCACUUGGCAAGGUAGCGGAAAUAGGCUUGAUGGGAAACCUGUCACAAAUAUGCCUAGAAAGGAAAGUACAGAUAAAGCAUCAAAUGAGUAUGAUCCAAGGAAACAUCGACUAGUAAACGGAGUUAAGAAAACAACUGGAAACGCCAAGACAAGUUAUUGGGACACUUUAGGAUCUGGAAAUACAAUGAAGAAAUAA